AUCGCCCUCUUUUACACCAAACAACCAAAACAUGAUCAUUUCUAUUUAAGUAUUUAUGGAACAUGUUUGAGGAAUCCAAAGCUACGAAAAUCGCUAAGAACCCUUAACCUUUUAUUUGCAACGAAAUGGUUAAUCUAAGGGAUUUGAUGAAUUUCUAUAAAAUUACCAAAUGAAAGACUUCGUUUUGGAGUAUCUUAUCUAAAGAUAACUGAAAUAUCUAAAACCGAGCAAAGAAAAACAUGAAUAAGCUAACAAAACUGACGCCAGCUGAUCGCUAAUCAAUCUCGAACGACAUCGCUCGGUCACUAGGCCAAUUCGCAUUGGCUGAUCGUGAGCGCGACCAUGGGCAAGGUGUGAUUAGAUUUGUAGGUGGCAAAAUUUAUUUGUCAUGCUGCUGCCACUCAAGCGGCGGUCGAAACGACAAGAAGUACAAACUGGAAAACCACAAAUACAUACAUAUAACGGCAAAGAUAAGGUGCAAACGAAGUGCGUAUAUAAUUAUCACGAAAAUACUGUGUAUAAAGCAAAGCAAGAUUUCUUAAUUGCGGUUUCUUUUAUACAGUUAAUGGGUAACAUUGAAAAAAGUAUUAUGAUUUAUUAUGAAGCGUGCCGUUUGAACAACAAAAAACGAUUUUUGAUGAAAAACAAACAAAAUGUACAGUGACCAAAGUCAAAAUCGACGAAUUAUGCUAUGUAAUGGAGCACUUUGCCAACUAAUGCACGCCCACAAAUUUAUUUGUGUAAUACUGAUUUGUUAUUAUAAAAUUAUUAAAUAAUAUGUUUGUACCGAAAAUUGGCUGUAAUUACUAUAAAACGCCCCGUGAGCUUUGGCAACAGCAUCAGUUCCCGUUUCAGCUUCACAACGCUCAGAGCAACAGCUUACAACCAGCCAAAUAUUUGGAUUACUCUUUCACAGGAUCAAUAUUAGAAAACUCCACAAAAUGGCAUUCAAAUUCAUUGCAUUCUCAGCACUUUUGGCCGUCGCCAGCGCCGGUGUUUUACACCAUCCCGUCAGCUAUGCGCAUGUUGUCAAUCCCGCUGUGGAUGCCGUCGCCGCGACACACCAAAACGUGGUACGCUCCUUCGGCGGUACUGUCUCCCAGUACUCGAAGAACAUCGAAACCCCUUAUUCCAGCGUACACAAAUCGGACACCCGCAUCAGCAACAACGUCUACACACCAGGCGUCGCUAAGACUGUCACCUACGCUGCACCGGCCGUGACGAAGACCUUCGUGAGUGCACCUUCGCAAACCGUUUAUGAACACCAUGAAGCCGCACCUGCCGUGUAUGAACACGCCGAACCCGCACCAACCGCUGCUGUUUAUACCCAUGCCGCUCCAGUGGCCAAAACGGUGACUUAUGCCGCGCCAGCUGUUGCCAAAACUGUGACUUAUGCUGCGCCAGCUGUGGCCAAAACCGUCAGCUAUGCCGCUCCCGUUCACCAGGUGUAUCAUCAUGAGGCUCCUGUGGCCAAAACCGUGAGCUACGCUGCGCCAGCUCAAGUUUACCAGCAUGAAGCUGCUCCAGUUGCUACCACCACCUACAACCAUGGUCCAGCUGCCACCACUUACACCCACAAUUCACCAUCGGUCGCCGCUUAUGGUUCCAGCCAGACUGUGCACUACUCACCCGCCGAGAUGGUCUCGCACAUGAGCUUCGAUGGUUUCGGCACACACUGGGGAUUCUAAGCAACUGUUGCAUAAGACUGUACUACGGAACUGUUCAACGAGUUUGAAUUUAUUUUGUUAAUAUUUUUGAUUUUUUGUUGUUGUUAUUUUGUUUUUAUUGUACUAUAAUAGCACAUUUGCUAUAUCAUU